GUGACAUAGUCCCUUGUCCGAAAAUGACUUGUUGAGAAGAGGAAAACAAUGCAUACACUUUUAACACAACGGAACAUCAUGUAGGCAGAGGACAGCAGCUGAAACGAGUGGUUAUUCGUCAAAUAACGAUGUCAUCUUGCAAACUUCUUGAUAUCAGGAAGCAUGCGUUAAAUACAGGAACUCAUUGGUUGAGUUUUGGCGGUUGGAGAAGCGAAGUUAUUAGUAGUUAUAGUUUAUUUAAAUAGUUUACGCUUCUGGACUGGAUCUGCAGCGAAUCUUAUAUCUUAAAAGUGCAACAGGUUGAAAGAUGGUCUCGUGGAUUAUAUCUAGGGUCAUCGUUCUUGUGUUUGGAACGCUGUAUCCUGCGUACUACUCCUUUAAAGCCGUCAAAUCCAAGAAUGUCAAAGAAUAUGUGCGAUGGAUGAUGUACUGGAUUGUGUUUGCUCUUUACACAGCAGUGGAGACCAUCACAGAUCUUUCUUUGGCUUGGUUUCCAGUUUACUACGAACUGAAAAUGGCUUUCGUCUUUUGGUUGCUGUCUCCCUACACCAGAGGAGCCAGUGUCCUCUACAGGAAGUUCCUACACCCUAUGCUGGCAUCCAAGGAAAGGGAGAUUGACGAAUAUAUUGUCCAGGCCAGGGAGAAGAGUUAUGAGACUGUGGUGAAUUUUGGGCGGCAGGGUCUCACGAUUGCGGCUGCUGCUGCUGUCUCGGCUGCUGUGAAGGGACAGGGUGCCAUUAGUGAACGUCUGAGGAGUUUCAGUAUUCCAGACCUGACGCAGUUCCCUUCUGAACAAUCAGCAUUCUCCAACCCCAGCCGACGGGUCCUCCAGCCUGCUCACCCUAGCGCUGCUGAUUCUGGAUCUGACACCAGCACCACUCCACCUGGAGUGGGUUAG